CUCGUCAUUGUCUCCUCCAACGACCACUGGGAUAUCCGGAUAUCCUGAACAAUGUCUACAAUCAACACCACAGUGCCAAGCUCAUCUACAGGCACAUCUUUUCAACCAACUGAUGCUUGGGUUCCGGUUGCUGCAAAUGGAGCCACGAGCGGCGAGGGCGAGUUCCUGGUGGGCGACACCGUGAAUGGAAGGGCCAACGCGUUCAUAACCUACACGUUCACCCAGCCCGCAACUGGAUUUGAGUACUGGGCUUGGCAGCGUUCCGACGGUGGCCUCUUCUCCAUUUGCUUCGAUUGUCCACAGACGUACACCCUCGGUGACCGCAUCGACGCCCUCAAUACCUCGACACAGGGCACAGAGCCUCCGAGGUUACUGUAUUCGAAAUAUGAUCUGAGCUACGCAGUGCACAAUCUCACCAUUGCAAAUCUGUUUGACCAGCGGGCUACGAUCGACAAUGCAACGAAUGGAGGGUAUGGUCAGAUGACGUUGGACCGUUUCGUCCUUAUUACGCCAUCGACACCGCCCAAUACGUCAGGGGCAGGCACGUCAACAUCGACUUCACCCAGCGGAUCCCCUUCCUCUGGAGCCGCAGGCGGCGGAGGAUCAUCGUCCGGCUCAUCCAGCAAUGCGGGUCCCAUUGCAGGUGGCGUGGUGGGAGGGGUAGCUGGUCUGGCAAUUAUCGCUCUCAUCCUUUGGUUCUUCUUCUUCCGCAAUCGGGAUCGGAGAAUGAGCGUAUUGGAUAUGAAUCCCGAACAUGGACCGGUUAACUACGAGCCGAAGGAUGUCCCAGAUCUUUCUGGAAACCCAGCUGCGCCUUUCAUUCUGGGGACGCAACCGCAAGUAUAUGCGCCCAAUCAGGCCAUGGUUAACCAGGGAUCCACAGAUCAGGCCGUAUACCAACCAGCAGCCACAUCAAGCUCAUCUGGCCCCUCAACCUCAUCAGGUCCCUCGACAUCCGCCCCAAGUGAAUACGGUGCACAUGCGGUGCACAUGGCAGCCGUUGCAGGAGCACCACCGAGGAAGGGAGCACCAAACAUGGCUGCUGCCCCAGUCACGCGUUCAGAGCAACCAGUGUCUCCAUCGGUUUACCCCGCAAGCUCCGAAGUCAGCGCACCGAGCUCUGGCUAUGCGACCAUGGCCCUUUCUCCUCGUAGGGAGCGAGACGCCGGGUUCUUGCAGGGCGACGAACUCGAACCUGCCACACUUCCUCCUGACUACGAUGCUGCCACUGCACGACGACGGACUGAUUAAUCGUAGCUGGAAAUGACCUGAUCAGUACUGCACGUUAUUGUAAAUCAUCCCUUUUCAGGAUUCUCGAACGAUCAUUCAAUUUUACCCUUUUGGUUCGUGUUGUAACCCAGCGUCCUUCGCAUCAAUAAG